GGUUCCGGCCCGAACUAACCAGCCGUAACUGAGUCCUGGCGCACCUCUAAAAGUGAACUGAAGGUCAUCUGACAUCAUCAUACAUAUAGUCAUCGGUCAUUUUAUCGCACAUUAUCACAUCAAAGUCAUCGGACAUUUUGUCAAAUGGCCAUGUAAAAGAUAUUUUAAGGCCUGUUUAUGAGGUAAUGUAUCUCUCAUUCUCUCACACCAUAGCUGUUUGAAAAUUAUGAACAUUUUUAGACCUCACCAAGAGCAUUUGCAAAAGGUGCAACUGUGUACAGGGGCGUAGGAAGCACCUGGAGUUUGGGGGGGGCACCGGCUUGUAGGGGCACAUUACUAUCGGAAAGGCCACCUAAAAAAUUUUUCCCGGAAAUGUUGUCGACGGGGGGGGGGUGGGAAAUUUCUCCUGAGGAAAAUUUUCCGUCGUAUCAUACCGAAAUUUAUGUUUGUGACCUAAUUUUUAAAAAAAUUUGUAAAUUUCCACACAAAAGCGGCACCUAUUGUUUUAAUUUAGUAUUUACAGCGACAUUAGCUUCUACAAAAGGGGCACUUUUCCUCACAAAAAAGGGCACUUUUCAACACAAAAAGGGCACUUUUUAUCACAAAAAAGGGCACUUUUAGUCCUUUAAAAAAAUUUGGGGGGGCACAUGCCCCCGAAACCCCCCCGCUUCCUACGCCCCUGACUGUGUAGGCAGGAAUCAAACCUGCAGUAAACCUUUCAACAUUUAGUUGAUUGGCUUGUUCCAGAAAAGAUCCCCCCCCCCCCAUCAGAGGAAUUUUUUUGUUGUCUGGACGGAGAGGGGAGAAACAUUUGUUUCUGAUAAUAGUAAGUGUAUUAGGACAUCCAGAAGGGGAGUGGGGUUAACUUAAAAUUUCCUCCGUGGAGGAGGUGUAUAAUUAGACAUUUUCUGGAAUAACCCAUUGAGUGAGAUGCCGAAAAAUCCUUGAUAUUUUCCUAUUUGGAAUGAACCCUUUCUCUGCACGGAGCAUAGCUGCAAAUAAUAGGAAACAUAGAAGCAAGAGGAAAGUAGACAAUGUCUGGCCUAUAGAGUACAGGGUGUGAUAAUUUUUAGUUGUACCUCACUGGUAACAGCAGAAAAUUUGAAGCAAAUGCACACACAGUCAGUCCAAUCAAGAGUUCUGUUUGUCAUGUCACAGGCAGCAAGUUGAUGUAGUAUGAAUAUUUUGUAGGUGAUAGAACUACAGUUUGAUCAACUACCUGAAGGAGAAGAAGUUUUGAGUAUUCUGAAGCAAGAAAAUGCACAGCUUAAAAUAUGGAAUGUUUUGGCCGUAAGUUUUAAAUUAAAUGUUAACACAAGCAGCUAAUAAGAGAAAUCCACUCUGCCAUGUGUGAGGUUAGAGUUAGACAAAAAAGCCCCUCAUGCGUCUACCAAUCUUUUAGCGAAUGAAAUCUCUGACCUAAUCUUUUGAAGUUCCUUGUAGUUUUGUAUGGCAAAUAACAAAAAUAUCAGUUUUGGUUUGUGGAAACACUUAGUUUUGGAGCAAUUCUUUUUUAAUUUUCAAAGCUUGGAGCAAUUUUUCAGAACCUGUUUGUUUCAAAAUUGAUAUAACAUUUAAUGAAUGUUUGUGCCAUCUGUGCUGCCAUAAUUGAUAUAAAAUAUCAUUCUCAUUAGCAUUUAUAAAAAGCAAGAAUACUGUAAAAAGAAAGAAUACUGUAGAAAGCAAGAAUACUGUUAAAAGUAAUAAUACUGUAAAAAGCAAGAAUACUGUAAAAAGAAAGAAUACUGUAGAAAGCAAGAAUACUGUAAAAAGCAAUAAUACUGUAAAAAGCAAGAAUACUGUAAAAAGAAAGAAUACUGUAAAAAGAAAACCUAACCCACCCUACCUAAGUUUUUGCAAGGUACAUAAAAGGUAUUUUUUGCCUUGGUACCAGGACAACACCCGGAUCAAACGUAAAGCGCAUGUGCGAGUAUACAGAAAUGGCGGGGAAAAUAUCUGCCAAAGUGUAAAUACGGGAAAAGAAAAGGGUUUACUAUAAGGAAACGGCUGAAGCUAUAAGGUCGGGAAUUUUUCCUGGUGUCAAGACGAUGUUAUCCUGAGUUUAAACACUCGUAAUUUUCUUUCAACGUUUUGCUAAUAUCUCUUCUGAAUAGAAAUGUUAGGUGAGUUUGUGUAAAAUCGUGCCGAACUGAUGCUACGUACAUGAAAACGAGGCUCUUUAGCCUGAAUGACGUACUUUCUGAAUGUAUAUUUGAUGGGGUUAAUUAUCCGACUGUGUUUAUGACCCUGAGCUUAUAUAUUACAGAUGGACUAGUACAUAGCAUAUGAAUUAGACUGGAACGGUAAAAUCACUCGUUCUCCCCCUUGCAUGCUCAUUGUUGUAAAACAAAAUAUUUAUCAGAAGUGGUUUUGUGUUCUAUUGUGUUGACGAUAAUUACUCUCCCAUCAUAAUACAACAUUGAAACGGGGGAGGGGGAUUACAUGUAAAUUUUUGCAAUAUUUACAAAUGUAGCCUUUUGAUCUAAGUGUCCUACCUUUUCAUGUCACUGAUAUUGUAGCCUUUUCAUGUCUCUAAGUGUCCUACCUUUUCAUGUCACUUGCGUUAUCGCAUCAUGCUCAUUAAAAUGUGCAUACCAAUGACAAAUGUUUAACGAUCAAAUAUUUAUUAUUUAGUUAUCAGCUUUAUUGGACAAAUAUAGUAGAAACAUUUACAAGUUUAAGUCCAAAGGGGAUAGCGCAAACGGGACAACGAGACCCAUGCUAGGCGCACCCCCUCCAAAAAAAGAAGGAAAAAAAAAACCCCCAACCUAAUUCACUAUAUACAAAUAUAUAUUACAUAACAUGCAUAUUAAGAACGGUGGCAGGGGCAGUCUCUUGUGAGCGACCAAGUGCAUGCCAUAUCAACAUUAAAAGUACUGUUGACCAAUGCGGUUUAUGUCACAUGCAGAAAGCUUUUAAAAAUUGUUAAACUGGCAAACUUUUCAGGAGAGGCUAUUUUUCCAACAUUAUUCCAAGUUUUAACUAUUCGGUUAAAGAACGAUCCUUGGAAAGUGGAUGUUCUACAGUAAGGAGAUUUUAACAUUAGAGAUGGAUUCUGAGUACGAGUUCGAUUAUGAUGUAUAAAUGACACAAAAUAUUCAAUGUUCAAAUCAGUGUGGCCGAAAAUACAUUUAUAGACCAGAACAAGAUCUCUGAUUUCUCGAUCGUAAGUUAGUGGCAAUAAAUUGAGAGUUUUCAGUCUAUCUUCAUAAGACAUUUCUCCAACUUUACUUUUGAGGAUCCAACGUGUAGCGCGCCUAUUUUACUCGCUUCAAUUCGUUAGGCCUAAAUUACGUCCGACACGGAAAACGUCAUCUUAUUGUAAAAUACUACCAACACUCAACACAGCUGAAAUCUUUCUUUAUAACUGGCAUUUCCAUCGCUAAAGCUCGUACUUGAAAUCAUUCAUGUUGUUUAGAUUCAAUAUUUCAAAGAAGGGAGAACAAGAGAUUUUGUUGAGUUGUUGGAAACUGCAAAGACAGGUACGUCUAUACAUGACAACUUUUCUGCUUCAGAUUUCGUUCAAAAACGCGCAACAAAAGUUGCUGUAUAAGUCAACGUUACUGCACAUUUUGAAAAGCAAGACUCAACCAACACUCUAAAACUGCUUUAUUUGAACUGGGUAGACUCGGUAAAUAUCAAGAUUUUGUUGUUGAUGGAAAUUAUCGAGUGAAAAUUUAUAAACAUUUAUUACACCUAACCAGAAACAGCUGCGAGAAAUGCAACUUUGGGUCCCUGACAGGAAUCUAACCUGCGGCCCUGCGAUUUGAAAACUAAGUGCUAAGAUUAGAAAACUAAAAAAGACUCAUUUCCCAACUGUAAUAGUAUGCUCACACGUGCCACUUGAUUUUUCUCCAGAGGGAAACAUCAAUUAUACGAAGAGCGAUAGAGACAGGAUGAUCUGCUUGGAUACUCUAGCUGCGUAUUAUGUUCAAGAAGCGAAAAAAGAGAAAAAUAAAGAAACAAAGAAAGAAAUGUUUACGAAGGUAGAAAUGACGUCAUCAUCUUGGUUAUUUUUCUUGUUUCAGGAAACGACCUCGUUCUUAUUCAACUGAAUUCAGUUUUUAAACUCAUAUUUCAGGAAACGACCUCGUUCUUAUUCAACUGAAUUCAGUUUUUAAUCUCAUAUUUCAGGAAACGACCUCGUUCUUAUUCAACUGAAUUCAGUUUUUAAACUCAUAUUUCAGGAGAAUAAAAAUGAAGUUGUUUAAUUAAUGUAUAAACAGGGAAAUAACUGAAAGACAGAGAAAGUAAGACUGUGUGAAUUUCUUAACUCAAGAAUAAAUUCUCUUUUUACACAAGCAGCUUACCCACGACGUUUUCCUCGACGCUUUCGUCAUUAUUUUAAAUCCAAGCAAUAGCGUCCUUUACCGGUAUUAAUAACCUUAAGAAUUGAAGCGAUUUUAUUGGUCGAGAGCCAUGAUCUAUUAUAGAGGACCGACGCACCGAAUUACGUCACACAAACUUGGUUUUGUGCAGACAAUCACAAUUCACAAUUAAAAUUUUAGCCUAGUGAAAUUCUAGGUCUAAUAUAUCUAUGAUUUAUCCUAACCCACCCUGUCAACGUUCCCUGUGGGAGGAAACCAGAGCACUCGGAGAAAACUCACGACUUUUGACAGAGUGUUGACUGACUCUUUUCACAUGAAUCGAACCCACGAACUCAGAGGUGAAACUGAGGCGCUUGCUCUGACAACUGCUGCGAAGAUGAUAAAAUUGUAGGGUGGGAUUCUUACAUAUUUUGUUCUAUAUAUAAUUAACAUUUAGCUCUUUGUGUGUAUACGCCCUUCGUGGAAACCAGUUGUAAAUAAUUGUCGAAGUUAGCGUAUUGAAAUUAAGUUUUACAUACAAGUUUUACAUACAUUUUUACAUGUAUGUAAUAUGUGUGUGCGUGCGUGCGUGCGUGCGUGCGUGCGUGCGUGCGUGCGUGCGUGUGUUUGUUCGUUUUGUGAUCAUUUUGUAUUGAAUCAUCUUGCAGGCAACACAACUUUUUACAAUGGCUGACAAGAUCAUUAUGUAUGAUCAGGUAAAUAUAUCCACUCUUUUCUCUCAUUAUUGUUUCAAAGCUACAUUUAUAUUGACUAACGUCUCGAAACGUCGAAGUUCUCCUUGUAUUUUCAGCUAGUUGUAUCCCUAUCGAUCCCCACCUCUCUCCUUUGCAAUGUCCCAUUCUGUUGGGAAUAACCUUAGUUUGCUUAAAUAUUAUUCAAACAUCUUAUAUAUAGAACCAUCUUCUGGGUCGUGCGUAUUUUUGUUUGUUGGAAGGAGACAAAAUUGAUCAAGCUGAUGCGCAGUUUAACUUUGUUCUUGCUCAGGUAAGAUCAUAUUUGGGUCUCUGGAUCAUGUGAGACCUCCCUAAUCCGAAGUUUUCUUUCACCCAUCAUGAAAAUCCUUAAAUGUCUGCAUUUUUCUCUUUCAGUCUGGAAACAACAUUCCUGCAUUGUUGGGUAAGUCCACAUACGGUGUUUGUAGGCAGUGGCGAAGCCAGCCCGACAAUUUGGUCAUGCUAUGCAAAUAUUUCUGUGUUCAUAGACCGUGAAAACAAUCAAUUUCGAAAGAAAUGAUAAUGAUUUAAAAUUUGCAUAGCAUGACCAAAUUGUCGGGCUGGCUUCGCCACUGUUUGUAUAGGUAGACACUAUAACAGACGGCUGCGGCUACUAACACUUAAAAAAUUUAAUUUCCAUUACUGGGUUUUUAAAGAUUUACCAUGUACUGUACACUACCAAUGUAAAAACUCAAAACUUACCAUUGUUGGUUAUUACAGAUUUUCCAUAUGGUAAAUUGGUAAACAACCAUGAUGUCUAAUAUUUAUCAUUAAUGGUAUUUUCCUGGAAAUCUAUAAUUACCAAUAAUGGCAAGAGUUGAGUUUUUACCAUAGAAAUAAUAGAUAUAGAAUGCGUACUUCUAUCUUUUCUCAGUGAAAAAUUUGUUUCCACAAAAUGGCGGAUUUAUAAGGGCAUUUUGGUUGGUCCCAGACCCCUGAGGCGGGGAAUUUCGCGCGGUUGCAGAGAGUGCGAAUUGUUUUUUCAACUGCAAAGUUUGCAAAAAAUUUUAUAUCGAGACUUAAAAUGGAAAAAAAGUUUUACAAAGAAGAAAAAGUCGCUAAAAACCCAUUUAGUGGGCUUUUUUACGAAAAGCAACAGUUAUACAGAAUAUAUACAGAAAUCGUCGUUUAAAAAUAAAUUUUCAACACUGUUGUGCAAGCCAAAACAAAACCCGAAAGGUCAAGACAAACUCAAACUCAAUAGGUAUGUUCUACAAAUAUUUCAACUCUUUUAUAAUAUAAAUGAAGUUCAAUAAUCUUUUUAAACUCACACAAUUACUUUUCAUAUUUUUCUACGUUGCUUGAGCUUGAGGCAACGCAGUUGAAACCAUAGUUUUUAACGAUUUAUUAAUAUUUAGACAAUUUUAAUACAGGUUAUCGACAACUAAACAUUUUUGUUUCAAGAACAUGUGAAACAGUUCGUUUACAUUGAAGAAAAACGAAACCCGCCGACGAAGAAAGAACUAUUAUUUUGUAAUCUUAUAAAAUAUAGCAAAACCGUGAAGUAGUGACAUUCAGAGCAUGCAAAAAUGUUUUAUGAGUAAAUUAUAUUUACGCGAAACUACUUUGUUUUUACAAGGCUGUACUAUUGCUUUGACAGUUUGUGCCUUCAAAGAACUCAAAAUCUAUCCCCAAACUACAAAUUAGACAACAAGACAAACGUUUUGACAAACGUAUCUAUUAUUUCUAUGGUUUUUACAUUCAAGAAUCCAUUAAUGGAAAUUGUGGAAUUUUUCGCUGUGUAACUUCCCAACGAAGGGUCUUCGUUCGAAACGUCAAAAUUCUGUUUUUAUUUUGAAGCAGUUGUGUCUUCUUCACACCGCAGCAGUCUAAGCAUAGUUCAUAGAAAUAAGGUCUAAGUAAACUUACGGCGCCGACAGACGAUCAAGCUGACGUGAAUAUCCGUUGUGUUUUUUAGGAAAAGCUUGUAUUUCGUUCAACAAGAAAGAUUAUAAAGGGGCGUUAGCAUAUUACAAGAAAGCUCUGAGGACUAACCCUAACUGCCCAGGUAAAGUUUAGAAAAAUGCAUAGAUGAGGCACAAUUUUUGUUAUAGUUUUUUUAUUCUCCAUGUUAGCACACAGUGAGCUCAUUAAAUUAAGAGUUUACAAAUGACGGUUCUGACAUCCGCGGACGUCACUGAUGCAUAGUUUAGCCACAGAUUAGAAAUACAUAGUGUAGUGUAGUCCUAAUCUGUGAUUUUAGCCGUUAAUUAUUUCGUCAGCUGUUUUUGCUUGAAGUCAAUUCUUGCUGUUUCACUUUCGUCAUUUCCAGACAAGAGUGGCCAUCCGUUCAAAAACAUCGCUUGCUUGAGCUCUCUAAUACCUGGAGUAAGAACUUUAGUCAAUUGCCCAAAAGAAGGAAGUCAGGCACGUCCGUUUCACUUACUCUCUCGUUUUAUCGUAAUAAAAGAGAGCAAGCGACCUGUUUGAUUCACAAACGACGACUGCAAGUCAAUCGAGCGGUUAUAGAUAUAGCAACAGUUAAAAAAUACAGCAAAUUGAAACUAAUGUUCGCAGGAGUUCAUGCUUAACAUAACAGUAAAACAUGUCCAUGUUGAGACACAGUUUCAUCACCAGGGACGUUCUCUCAGGAGGGCCAUACCUUUUAGGGGGCGCCAAAAAUGUGUGAAAUGAAACCAAAAUUGUCAAUUGUACUUUUAAAAUGUUGAAAAUUUAUAACCAUGGGCGCCAUAUUUUUUGAGGUUGCCUCUCCUGACGAACGGGAUCCAGAACGCCACUGUUCACCACUUUGGCUGACCCAAAAAUGUUUCACCAUGUGAUCAAAGUGCCCAGUAUUCUAUAUCGAGUUCCUGCGAGAUGUUUAGUUGGAUCGUACAAUUUCUACACGGGGUAUUGAAAUUUUUUGCUAAAUUUAGCUGCUGUUCGUCUUGGUAUGGGUCAUUGUUUUGCCAAGCUUGGUAAAGAUGAGAAAGCUAAACUCGCCUUUGAACGAGCAUUACAGCUGGAUCCAUAUUGUACUGGAGCUAUGGUUGGUCUCGCCAUCAUAGAGCUGAGUUCAAAAAAGGUAAAAAGAAUAAAGUUGUGUAGAGUUGUAUAAAAAGUUCAAGGUAUAAAGUUCAGUUUCUCUUCAUUUGUCGACUUUGGAGGGAGUGUGGUAUUGCUGAAAGCUGCUUCGAGAGACCCUUGCAGAUCAAUUUUAUUUGGAUUGUGCAAUGUGGUUUUAAAAAUGCAGACAAUAGAAUAAGAAUAAUAAAUAUUAUUAUACAUUUAAUAUGUAUUCUCGUUUCUAAUUGGUCAGAAAGCACCGGCUAAUUUUCAGUAUUCGGCAUUUAUUACGUAUUUUCCGCCGAUGACGUCAUCAGCGUCCAAUAAUUGUUUUUUGGAUCGAACUUGCAUCCAAAAAAAAAAUUAUUGGACUCUCUCGUGCCCAAACCCUUGCGCGGCCAAAAGCUUGAACCUAUAAGCGCGGGAAAAAAAACAAACAAUGGCCGACAGCAGAUUUGCUUCGCUGAAUGAAAGUGAACUCUCCAAAUUAUUGGCAGAUAAGGAUAGUGAAAGCACGAAAAAAGCCACAAAGGGGUAAAUAGAAGUAGAAAUAGAAUAUUUAGCUGACCUUUGACUUUGUGCAAGGUGUUUGAUAUUCAAAUUGUACUUUUCCUACCUCAUGAACAGGAAUCGUCCUAUACGUUUCUCAUGUCUUUAAAUGUAUAAUAAAACAAUUAUUGGAUUCUGCUUUCGCAUGAUAUCAAGAAUUAUUCAGACCUCGGUCUAUGUUAUCCGCCUCAGCUUCGCUUCGGCAGAUAACAUUGACCUCGGUCUGAAUAAUUCUUGAUAUCAUGCUCAGCCUCAUCCAAUAAUUGCUUAUUAUUUAAUGUCGAAUGACACAGAGUGUGGUUGCCCAGUCACUCGAGCCACCAGGCUCGUGGUAGAAGUGCACGCAUUUGACAGCCAAGUAAAUCAGAUUGAUGAAUCUGGUUUCUAAAUUCAGAUAACGAGGUUGAUGACUUGGCAGAAAGUGGUAACUGAUUCCAAAUAUGGGAAAUAAUAUACUUCUUGGAGUUAUGCAAAUAAUAAGCAAUUAUUGGAUGAGGCUGAGCAUGAUAUCAAGAAUUAUUCAGACCGAGGUCAAUGUUAUCUGCCGAAGCGAAGCUGAGGCGGAUAACAUAGACCGAGGUCUGAAUAAUUCUUGAUAUCGUGCGAAAGCCGAAUCCAAUAAUUGUUUUAUUAUACAUUUAAAGACAUGAGAAACGUAUAAGACGAUUCCUGUUCAUGAGGUAGGAAAAGUACAAUUUCAAUAUCAAACACCUUGCACAAAGUCAAAGGUCAGCUAAAUAUUCUAUUUCUACUUCUAUUUACCCCUUUGCGGCUUUUUUUCGUGCUUUCACUAUCCUUAUCUGCCAAUAAUUUGGAGAAUUCACUUUCAUUCAGCGAAGCAAAUCUGCUGUCGGCCAUUGUUUGUUUUUUUCCCCGCGCUUAUAGGUUCAAGCUUUUGGCCGCGCAAGGGUUUGGGCACGAGAGAGUCCAAUAAUUUUUUUUUUGGAUGCAAGUUCGAUCCAGAAAAACAAUUAUUGGACGCUGAUGACGUCAUCGGCGGAAAAUACGUAAUAAAUGCCGAAUACUGAAAAUUAGCCGGUGCUUUCUGACCAAUUAGAAACGAGAAUACAUAUUAAAUGUAUAAUAACGACUGUUAUACAUAUCCUGUACCACAUUAUGACCACCACCUCUUAAAGGGGCAAUGUCACCGAUUUUUUACCUAAAAUGCCAUUUAUUCAAAAACUGAACUACAAAGUUAAAAAUAAACAUUGUAAAUGGAUUAAGUUAUUAUUUUGUGUGUGUUGGUAUUAAGUUAUGAUAUAUGAGUCAUAUUAAACAACUUUGAACUUCCACGCAACAUGUAACAUGACAUUUUCAUAAAAAUUGACUAAAACUUGAAAAUGUGUCUGCCAACAAUUAAUCAAGAUGCAAUUUACAAUCCAUCUUAAUCCUGAUGUAAUCUUGCCCAUCCAGACUUCUGUACAUGUGACUUGUGUCUGUUAUCGCUUUAUUUUGUGCUUACACUUACACUUAGAAUUGCUCAAAACUCGGUGACAUUGCCCCUUUAAAGCAUAUGGAGUAUUAAGAAGUUUAAAAAAAUUAGAAGUAUAGGCAGGGUCAUUUUGUUUGAAACUUUUAUAGAAUAUCAUUAGUGACUGCUCAGCUCUCCUGUGUUCAAGCGAGAGACAAAGUAGUACUGUACAAUACAGAGCUGGACAAAGUAUCGGAACCAAGGAGUUCCCAGAGUUCUACAUUUUUGCAGAAAUUUUCACACACACUUUUAUGUUUGAUAGCUAAUUCUGAAAAUUAUACUAAUUGAAUAGCUAAAUUACCAAAUACCUAAUUAUUGAAAUGAUUGAAUACAUAAUUAUCUCAGUACUAACACGUGCCCUUGCUACACGGGGACAGGGGCUAACUUAACAUUGAACAUUUUCUAGCCCGAUGCGAUUAAAACUGGUGUUCAGUUGCUUUCUAAAGCAUAUUCAAUUGACAACUCAAAUCCGAUGGUUUUAAAUCAUUUAUCAAACCAUUUCUUCUUCAAAAAGGUAAGUGCUAACAUUGUCCAAGUAUUAUACUGUACAAGGUGUAUUUAAAGCGAAUUCCUCUUUAAAAAAGUGUAUUACUUUUCAGUGUGUCCACACACUGUAAUACUAGUAUAUCGAUCUUAUACAAACUCAGCAUCGCCACCAAAAGCUCUCUUCGUUGUUUUGGACGAACUGAUGUAAAAUGACAUGGAUUGUAGAGUAACCAUGUAUAAGACUAACGCCCGUAUUCUAAAACAAUCUCUCUAAAACAAAUUCUCAAUCUGAGCUUUUCUUGAGUGUCAUAGCUGUUUUUGAAUAGCUGGGGGGUGAGUAGUCACAUAGAGAAGCUCAGAUUCAACCUCCACUCAUUGAGUGUGAGUGUGAGUGAGCUUUUAGAAUACCGACGUAAGUAACGAUGAAAAAACCAAGUCUCUAUAGUGUUGGUAGAAUGACGAAACCGACUACUUUAAGGCUUAGCAUUGGAAAAUAGCGAUAUGAUUUCAUUGAUAAAUUUGGAGAAUCUUUGGUAAAGAGCAUAGCUUUGCAGGAAAUACCACUCCGUGAGGUACAAUGAUUUUCAGUAUUUCAUCAUAUAUUUCUUCAGGAUUACACGAAGGUUCAACAUUUAGCAUUACAUGCUUUCCAUGGAACUGAAGUUGAAGCUAUGCAAGCAGAAAGUUGUUAUCAAAUGGCAAGAGCUUUUCACGUACAGGUACAUAAUAUGAAAACUACCUUUAUGUAACAUGCAUGCAACCCGAGGUUUGGGAAAAGAUUUGUUUUAUAUUAUGUAUGUUGUUGCUGCAGUAUCAAGUGUUCAACGAGACGUUUAUCAUUUAGCUACAAUAGACAACAUUGGCUUACAUGAUAAUUCAUCCUCCCAGUAAGUACUUAGCCUUGACUAUAGAGCUUCGUUUUCGUGAAAUCUGCUUUAGAGCCCUUUAUCUUAUUACUGCAUGCGACCUAAUCAUAUCAAGAUCUUAUAUAACUGCAUGAUUUCGUAAAUGUGUUACCUGUAACAAAACGAAGGCCUCUAAAGUCUGGUGAUUGCUAAUGAUUAAACUCGCAGCCAAAAGUAUGGAAUCGUUUUCGACCUAUACAAUUCUAAGUUUUUUGCAUGUCACUCAUUCAGUCACAUCCGCCAGGAGGAGAUUUGCUAGUGUGAACCAGGCUUUAACACAAUAUCUCAAUCAUGAGAACGAAGCUCUAUUGUCAAGGCUGAGUAGUUUCCGGAAGGGUGUAUCCAAUUCAGACCACGUGUCAUAACAGAUUCCUUGCUAUGAACAAAGAGUUAGUUAUAACACGUGGUUUGAAUUGGCCAAUUUACAUCUAAUUAUCAUGCAAGCGAACGUUUUCUAUAGCAGGAAACGGUGAAACAUGUCUGCGCAACACACGUUCAAUAUAUCUCGUCUGAAUUUUAUAUAAGAAAGCUUGAGAUUGAUAACGAUACAAAUACCUGACAAAUACAAGGAGAAAUUAUUUUUCAGGUAGUUGCAUCCCUAUCAAUCCGUAACUUGUUUAUUAUUGCCACUACCUAGCACAUACAUAUACUGACGCAUGCAGACCUUUUGAAUUUUAUAUACCCUGCGCCAAUAGUAAUAGUGGUAAAUUUAUUUAGUGUUGAUUACACACGGUGUAGUUGCACAGUUCACCAGAGCCAUAGGCUUGACAACUGAGGUCUGAGUGUUUGGUGAGGGAGAAAAACCCUUGAAGCACAUGAGAGAAUCAACCACAACUCUACUUACAUAAGUUUUCACAGGGAAGUUACCCAACACUCAGCGGUAUAGAACUAACUGUGCUUCAAUAAAGUUUGUUUUCGUUGUUUUUCAUUGGACGAAAGAUCACGUGAGAUCACGUCACAUCAUUGCACAAAUGUUUCAAAGCUCAGGCUCAGUAAUAAGAACUAUAAAGUCUGUAAUUGUGCUGAGAUGCUUACACGACUUGUUUGUUUCUAGAAUGAUUACGACCAAGCAUUCCAGUAUUACUAUCAGGCCACUCAAUUCGCUUCUCCUGGUUUUAUUUUACCAUACUUUGGAUUGGGACAGAUGUACAUUGCUCGUGGGGACACUAACAACGUAAGUAGAACCAAAAACGAAUUUAAACCAGAGAUAUUGGGUUUCCGGCUGAGACAUACUCCAUGGUUAGAGUUGUAGAACUUCAAAAAACCCGUUAGGUAUGUAUAUAUGACGAAGCUAGGGCACGAUAACUUAAAACGUCAGAAUUAUACUUUGAUACAAUUUUUAUUGUUAGGUUCCAAUGUAGGCAGCAAUAGACAAUAUAUGGUUUACACUACCUGAAAAUAUAACAAAAACGUCUUUCAAUGUUUCAAGGUCCUAACUUCGCCAUUGCUCAAAACGUCGAAGAUUUCGUUAAUAUUUCCAGCCAGGUAGUUCAAUCCUGUCAUCCUCAAGCAAUUAUACUUUGUAGAAGGCUUUUGUAAAUGGAAAUUUUGAGCGCUGCACUGGAAUCACUGGUUCGAUGCAGUUGUAUUUUUCGCAACAGUUUCUGGUUAGGUCUUAAAUUAUGUGUAUUUAUACGCUUGCUUGCGAUAUCCAAUUAUACUUUGCUUAUAUUUUAAGGCUUAAAAGUAUCGACACCCAACGAAUUCCUUAUAAAUGGGGACGUAAUGUUCAUUCUUUUCAUUAGAUGUAAUAUUCCUGUAUUUGGUCAAUAGAAUUGAGAUAUGUAGUUUAAUAUCUUGCUUCUAAAAGUGUUCCUACGUUGACUACGAUGUGCUUGUUUGUAACGUCUCUUCCUAAAUAAUGCGGUUGUAGGAGACUAGCCAAGCUCACAUUUUCUGUUAUUAGGCGGCUGUAUGUUUUGAGAAAGUUUUGAAAGCAAUGCCAGGAAAUUAUGAAACGAUGAAAAUCUUGGGAUCCCUGUACAGUAAUUCCGAGGAUAUGGAGAAGAAAGAAACAGCCAAGGUAUUGUCUUAUAUUUUAUUGCUACUGUAUUUUGACACAUUGUAGCACAGGUGUUACAGUAGAUGUGGUUAGUGGUGUUGCCCUUUACCUUGGAGCUCAAUCUGUUGUAAUUGCAGGUUGGGGUUGGGUAACUACUCUAUGCUUGAAAACCUUGUGUAAGUAAAGGCGUUGUUACACUAAGCAACUUAUCUUGGAACUUGUCUCGCAAUGUUAAGAAAAGCAGAGUUUCAGCAUUGCACUGCAAGGGAUGUUAUACACCAAACAAUAUGUUCCAUGCAACUUGCAAUGAUCAUUAUUAAAAAUAGUAUAAAAACCGCGAGUGCUAAAUUUUGGCGCCAGAUGGACAGUCCAAAGCCAAUAGGAAGCCAUUCAGUGUAUAAAGAUUGCGAGACUAGUUGCAAGAGGGAUGAGGGAUCUAAAAAUGCGUUGCAACGUUACCGCGGUCGUUGCGAAAAGUAGAACCUGAUUCUACUUUGUGCAAUGCUUGUUGCAACAAAAAUGUUGCGAGACUUGAUGAUUGCGAGAUAUGUUACACCUUGCAAUUUUGCGUGUAACUUAUGACAAGUUGCAUAGUGUUACAGCACCACCUUAAAACAAAGUUGGUUCUCUCAUUUGCUUCAAGAGGUUACCUCCUGGUCCUUGCAGUCCUCCAACCGAAACUGAAAGCCGGCAGUGAAACAGUCAGAAACGUUUCUGAAAUUAAUAAACAUCAAACCUUGAUGUAACAUGAAAUCCCCAGUUUCAUUGUGUUGAGGUCUUGAGGGCGGGGGGGGUGUGCUUAAUAUAGAGUGUGGGCUUAAUUUUUUCCUGUAUAAAGCUAGGCUAAUUAGAGAGGGAGAGCGUUAUUUGAGAAGAGGAUAUACGGUAAUUAUCUUAAAUGUAGCGAAGAUUUUCGUGCUUGGUUGUAAACUACCUCCAUAGUUACCUCCUACAUCCAAGCCCUUUCAAUGAUAAUCACCGUCCCCUUGUGUUAAAUCCUACAGAGUCAUUUAAAGAAGGUAACAGAACAAUAUCCAGAUGACGUCGAAGCUUGGAUAGAGUUGGCAGGUAUCUUAGAACAAACAGAUGUCCAAGCAGCGUUGUCAGCUUACGGCACGGCCUCGAGAUUACUCAAGGAGAAAGUUGGAGCUGAUGUCCCACCAGAAAUAUUGAAUAACGUUGGAGCUUUACAUUCUAGAUUAGGAAAUCUUAAUGAAGCGAAGGUAAGGCUGCGUCGUCUUCAAUGCAACAUGGUUCAUGUAUUAAAUAAACUUCAUUCGCAUCAUAAGAACUUUAGAAGAAGAGGAACCAAAUAAAACUAACUUUAUUAUACUGAGUAGGUCUGUCAGUUCUAAACUGUUAUUUCUAGUCUACUGUAGGUGCCCAGUCAAUGGAUCAUCGUUUAUUGAUCCAGUGUUACUACACAGACCUAAACUCAUUUGUUAUAUUCUGGAUAGCUGAAUUAGUUCUAAACUGAUCUUUUUAGAGGUGGAGUAUUGAUCCACAGAUCCAGUGUUAUGCUGGGUAGCUCUAUCAAUUCUAAACUGUUCUCUCUAGAGGCAUUGAUUCAGUGUUCAAAACAAUAUGGCGGAUUACUUAUUUUAAGUUAAAUCUUAAAUUAAUUUAGUUUAGUUUAGUUUAGUUUAGUUUAGUUUAGAACGCCAAUUUUUAUUUGACAAUACAGUAGUAGGAUUCUAAUGUUUUAACUAAGGUUUUAGAUUUUUGUAACAAUGAGACUGUGUUGAAAGAGAAAUAUAGACAUUGAUUUCGUCCAAAAGCACAAAUUUAUUAAAAACUCUUUCCUUGCUUCAACUAAGAGACUUUCAUAUACUACAAGAGAAAACCGCAGUACUUGGAGAAAACGCGCUUGAUCUGGUUCAAACUGGAAGUGCCCCUCUCAUUUGUGCCUGAGGUGAAAUGAGAAAACUGCAUAAAGUAGGAAUGGAGCUCCAGUUAUAGCGAUGAAUACACACGCACUCCACACCAACACUUUGGAAGAUUUUUGCCGUAUAUAAAACGAAGAUAUUCAAUGUUUUUGUUUAAUAAUAUUUAGAAAUUUUAUGAAGCGUCGUUAAACCGUGCUCAAACAGAAGGGGAACAUGACGAGAGCUAUUACAACGCAAUCUCAGUAACAACCAACUACAAUCUGGCGAGAUUAUAUGAAGCAACGUCUGAAUUUGAUCUGGCUGAUAAACUCUAUAAAAAUAUCCUCAGAGAACAUCCUAAUUAUGUUGACUGUAAGUUUCUUUAUAAUAAUACGACGGAUUCUCCUGUUGCUCCAACGAAUAAGGAGUGUCGGCAAGAUAUUAUAAAUACAAGAAUACGAGUGAAUGGUUUAUAUACAAUUUUCAGACCUGACCUUUAAAUCUUUCACUAGAAAUUCCAUCUAUCAAAAACCCAAUCAACAAUUAGUUCGAUCGAACAAGAUGGCCAAAAUCUUGAUAUUUGCCUAAUAACAAUAUAUUUGAUUGAUAGGAAUAUGUAACUACCUGAAAAAUACAAGGAGAUCUUGGACGUUUCGAGCGAAGGCCAUUCGUUGGAAGUUUAAUAGCGUUCCCGAUGAAGGGCCUUCGCUUGAACGAUGGCACAGUUUCGACUUUUUCUUAUUAAAGAAUACAUCGCGUCCCAAGUUUGGGUGUGCCCUAACUGUGUUAAACGUUGAUCAUAUUCCUAGUUUUGAACUACCUAAUAGUGUGCAAUGCAUGGUACUGGAGUUUACUCCGUUAUAUAAUGUUCCUUUUCAGGCUAUCUACGUCUUGGUUGUAUGGCUCGAGAUCGUGGUCAGAUUUACGAAGCUUCAGAUUGGUACAAAGAAGCACUACAGAUUAACCAGGUAAGGCAAUAGCUACGGUUUGUAGUAGAAAAAGCUGGUAGAAACAGUUGUUAUGUGACGUCUGUUUGAAUGUAAUCUGUGGUUAAUGCAUUGACUUGAAAAAUGAGUGCCAGUGGUUAUUUUUCAUUUUAAAUUAAAUAAACGUUUUAUUAAAAUAUUUUGAUCACAAUAGUGAUGACCAUGUUAUAUAUUCCAUAUUGUAAAGUUUUUUAAUUCCAGGAUCAUCCGGACGCGUGGUCAUUGAUCGGUAAUCUUCAUCUUGCGAAACAAGAAUGGGGACCAGGGCAGAAGAAAUUUGAAAGAAUAUUAAAACAACCAUCAACAGCAAAUGACUCUUAUUCAUUACUUGCUCUUGGUAAUGUUUGGUUACAAACGCUACAUCAACCUACUAAAGAUAAAUCGAAAGAGAAACGACAUCAAGACAGAGCACUCGCGUUGUACAAACAAGUUUUAAGACAAGAUUCAAGAAAUCUCUAUGCUGCCAAUGGUAUAGGUAUGUUAGACUGACGUAUGAUCAUGGAAAAACCUCGAUAACGAAAACAAAUACAUUGCAGUCGGCAAAGCAACUUUUGUAUAAACAAAUAUUGUUGUUUACAAUAGCAUCAAAACAUAGCGUGUCGAAGAAUAAUGAUGAAGUAAAUAAACAGCUUUCGACUGUGGAUUUCAUUAAAAUGAGAUAUAGCAACCGUAUUAUAGCCUGCUUGCUUUUCCCUCUUCUUAAACGAAUUUAUAAGUUAAAGUUUCUUUCCAGGUUGUAUUUUAGCUCACAAAGGAUUUCAACGAGAAGCACGAGAUAUAUUCUCUCAGGUAAGACGCGCUCUCGUUCAUACUUCGUAACUAAACCACCAUUAUUCAUUCUUCUCCUACAAAUCGUGCGUUGUGAUUGGCGACGUUACUAGAGGGCUAUUGAGUGAUAAUCAAUGUCUGAAUCUCAAAUCUCUUACAAAAUAGUUUUAGUUUUGGAACACAUAUACAAAUAAUCUUAGAAACUGCUUGCAAAAAAGUAAAAUGUUGAAGUACUAUUUAAAACCCGAGCAGAAGUAUAUAAUGAUAAAUCGCGGACUGCGAGUGUUUUAAAUAGUACUUAAAAAACGACCUAUAUAAAGAGUUCAUUAGCGAAGUAAUUUUAAAAAUAAACGUUGUCUAAGCCGAGAAAAUCAAAGUUAAAGUUUAAAUGAUUUUUUAUCAUGAUUUUUUAUCACAUAUAAAACCACCAACACGGCAGUGAUUUCCUUUCCUCAUUAAUUAUUAAUGAGUUUUUACGUUUUAUUACAGUUUGAACAUGAAAGUGACAUGCGAAUUUAUAAAAAUGGAUUUUAUUCAACUGUAUUUUCUUGGCCUUUUAGGCAUUUUCUUGCUUUAAAUAUUAUUUCAUAUAGUUAUCUUUCGUUUAAGUUUUUCCGCCAUAUACAUUACAGUUUCAAAAUAUCAUGUAUUGGUCCGGUAUUAUUCAGUAUUACUACAAGAAGACUUUCACUGGAAGCGACAGAAUAGAACAAGUGUUUAAGUACUAGAUAAAACAUGAGCAGCCGAUCUGUAUCUGAUAUACAAACUCGAGCCGAAGGCGAGAGUUUGUAUAUCAGAUAUAGAUCGGAUGCGAAUGUUUUAUCGUACUUAAAAAACGACCCAUCUUAUGAGUACAUUGGCGAAGUAAUUUUAAAAAUAAACAUUGUCUAAGCCGAGAAAAUCAAAGCUGAAGUUUAUGUAAAUCAGGACAAAUCUUUAUCCGAUUUACAAUCAUUGAUAAAUUAAUCAUUAAUGUUUAUUACAUGAAUUAAACCUCGCACUAAGCACUAUGUCACCUACAUACACCCAGUAGUCGAUAUAAAUGACCGGGAGAUCCCAUGUAUAACCUUUUCCCAAUUGAUGUAGGUUCGAGAAGCGACAGCAGACGUUGCCGACGUUUGGUUAAAUCUUGCUCACAGCUAUGUGGAACAGAAACAAUAUGUUGCUGCUAUACAGAUGGUAAUAUCGCAUUGUGUUUGUCAGGAGAAGGAAGGGUGGGGGGGAGUAAGAAAUUAAUACAAGUGAACUCUAUAUAUAUCUGGAGUGAGAACUCGAGUCCAAAAAGUAAAGCUAUGAUGGAGCUAUUCCAGUCCCUUUUGUAUUGUUUUUUUUGUCUGCGCGGUUAGGUGAACUGAUAACUUGUUCAGCGAUACGAUCCGUUACAAAAAACUGGAAUUAGCUGGGGGGAAAAUUGUAUUAAUAAAAGCUGUUUACGACCUUCAGAGCUAUUGGACGUCAAUGGCCGCCAUCUUGGCUUCAAUUUUCUCAAAGGCCGAAUGACUCAAGUUCUUACUCCAGAUAUAUAUAGAUCUCACUGAGGAAUGCACGGAGCGUAGGAAGGAGCGAGGGAAGAAAGAAAUUUAUGCAUAAAUAAUUUUUUCCCAAUAACUAAAUUUAUAUUUGCUGAAACGAUCAACCGGGAAAUUAGUUAAAUUAUUGCAUGUUUUCGCUUGCAACUAUUGUAUUAAACUGUGUCCACAAGGAUGUGUCCAUGGUCAAAACGAAAUAUAUAUUUGAACUAUUCGAGAGAGACUUGAAGCAAGUCUAGAAGUAAGGAACAAAAACAAGGAAGAAAAUUAGGAAGGAAAGAAUGCAGGGAGGGGAAACGAAAUAAAAAAAAUAUAAUAUGAUAUAGAAAAAUGCGCCCAGAUGAAGCAGAAAGCAGGGAGGGAAGACUAAAUGAAGGAGAAAUAAUCGUGUGGAAUGUAGCAACGGAGUGAAAGAUAGAUUUAUUUUAUUUUCGAAAACGAAAAGUAUUUUCGCUUGUAUCGCUGAUAAUAUGUCACAUGUUAUAGCUUUAAUUACUAAUAAUCUAUUCUUCGUUUUUAUACAAUGUUUUUUCUGAUUGCCUUCUUCUGGUCUCUCAAUGUUUCUUAGUACGAAAAUUGUCUAAAGAAGUUCUUUCGUCAUCACAAUGUUGAAGUGUUAUUGUACUUGGCAAGAGCGUAUUAUUUAAGUGGGAAACUCAAGGAAUGUCGUCAUAUUCUGAUUAAGGUGAUAUAUUGCUUCUUUAUUGCGUAUUUUCCUGUACUUCUAUAACCGAUGUUAUUUGGUUAUGACCACAAAGCUUUGUUAAAACUGUAUGUAUCAGUGCAGUAUUUUCGUUGAUACUUGAGAAAGAUAAUUUGUCAAGACACAUCCACGAAUUAUCCCGACGAAGCUCGAACUGACAAGCUUGCCGUAUUUAUAAACACAGAUGAACUAGAUGAUCUACGCCAAUAAGUUGUCAGGCUGAUCUGUGUUGUUGAUGGAAAAUAUUGAGUGGCAGGGACAUAAAGUUUCAGCUGCUCAAUAGGUCUAAUAAAAUGUAUAUAGAUUUCCACUCGAUAAUUUCCAUCUACAAUACCCUUCAACUAUUAAAUCGAGUGAGAUGCCAACAAAAUCUUGAUAUUUACCCAAGUUGAUCUGUCUGUUUGCGGCGUUUAUACACAGAUGAAUUAGCGGACGAAUUAUCUUUUCGUUGCCCGAGUUCAUCCACUCGGAUCGACGAAGGCCAUCACUCGAAACGUCGAAGUUCUGCUUGUAUUUUUGAGGUAGUUGCAUCAAUCUGAAGCUUUAUUGACAUUAGACAGAUUUAGAUCGAAGACGCGGACGUCAAAGACGACGUGAAAAUGGCGUCAAAAUGGCGUGGCAUAUCCAUACACGGGCACAACACGCCAUUUCACGUCGUUAUUGAAGUCCGCGUCCUCGAUCUAAAUCUGUCUAUUACCUACACAGACCGUUCAUGAUUAGAACACGGAUCCACUGUCUCUACAAGUGGAUGGACCAGCUUUGAUCUUUUUCAUAUUUUCCGCAUCAUUAUUAAAUUUGUACUUCUUCUUUUUAAGGCUCGCCAUAUUGCACCAAACGACACAAUACUUUUAUUCAAUGCUUCACUUGUACAACAGAAAUUGGCCACGGUAAUUCUCAAAGCUGAGAAAAGUCCACUUAAGGUGGUGUUAUCUGCUGUUGGAGAACUGGAAAACGCACAGAGGUGUGGUUAAAACUAAAUUAGAAAUCGUUUGAUGACAAAACUUCAAGGGGUCUAUCAACAAGUAGGAAUAGGUAUCACUUGAAGAAAGUUUCCAAUAAUACCCUACAUGUCCUCCAACCCUGGGGGCAACCACCGCCUAAUAAUUUGUGAAAGCAUGUGAAUGAUAGCUGAAUAACUGUGUAGCAAAGCUUUAACAAUGAUCUUGAACCAUGAAACCUUGGUAAACUGGAAAUAAAGGCAAAAUGAAAGAACUGAGAUUUCCAGCUACAAAAGGUGGUCAUAUGUUGGUGACGUGGUCAUAUAUUCCGCGAAAUGUUCGCGUUAUAUACUGUAUAAAGAUAAAGGGCAGAGCCCAGCAAAUAACUUUAAAUCCAAACAUAAUAAAAGUAAAAAAAAAUAUUAGCUAACGUUUCGUUGUUUACAAUACUACAUCUUCAGAGCAAUCUAAAUGAAUUUACAGGGUAUGGUAUAUACAUUUACAAAAUAAUGGUUUAAUCUUACAAAAACGGUUACAUAGUUUGAAAGAACAAAUGAAUAGAAAGAGAGGAAAACAACUUAUCAGUAACUAGUUAAUAAGUAAAGAUUAAUGUUAAGUGCAUGGUUAGUAUAGUUAAGGUUAAUAUUACAUAACUAAAAUAACUCAAGAGGGGUAGAUCUAAUAUUAGCAUUAAGGACAGGGUUAAGUUGAGAUAUUAAUAGGCUUUCACGGAUAAGAAGAUCCCACUCAGAAGUGCCUGAUGAUAGGAUUUUGAAAUCAGAAGCUGAGACUGGGUGUUUGUGCAUGUGUUUGUGAGCGAGUAUACUAGACAUGGUUGAGAUAGAGCGUUCUUUUCCAGCCAAAGGCGUGCUCUCAAUUGGUGAAUUGCCACAGUUAUAUACUGUAUGUUUAUAUUUCUUUUCGUUCGUGGUAUAUAAAUACCAUUAAUAACAUCGAAUGUCGUCCGUACAAUUAUAAGCCCCCCCCCCAAAAAAAAAAAAUAUGCUCACGAACGAAUAUAAGCCCAGGGCGUAUAUUCGGAUGUUUACGGUAUACGAACACGGGAGUAGCGGUUAUACAAAAUUUUCCCAAGACUUUUGAAACUGAUUGCUUUUCAUUUCCCCCAGAAAUUUCCAGUGGCUGAGUCACCAUGGUGAUCGCAUGAAAUAUGACCUUGCUUGGGCUCAAAGCGAGGCUAGACAAUGCCAAGAUUUAUUAAGUCAAGCUCAAUAUCACGUGACCAGAGCAAGGAAGAUUGAUGAACAAGAACAAGAAAUGAGAAGAAAACAAGAAGAAGAGAAAGAAUCAAUACGCAAGAAGAAAGAGGAGGAAGAGGUAUUGUAUUCUAGGAUAUCGCAAAUAACGCUCAGUGAUAGCUGAUUUUAGGGGGAAAGACAAAAAUGAUCAUGUUUUGUAAUUGACUUUCAGAAACAAAUCAGAAACAGAAACGAUCAUUAGCCCUAUUCACAUUAGAGACGGACAAGUCGUCUAGACGAACAAAUCGUCUCUCAAAAAUCGUCUUCACAGACGGACAAGUAGUCGAACAAAUUCAGACGACUUGUUCGUUUAAAAUUUUGUACGACACGUUUUCACAUCUGAUGAUUUGUACGACUAAAAGACGAUUUUGAGACGAUUUGUUCGUCUAGACGACUUGUCCGUCUUCUAAUGUGAAAAUGGCUAUUGUUCGUGACUCGUUCUUUAGAAAGACGAUCUUUAUAGUUUUAUUGUCUUUCAUUGUUAUAAUCAACCAACCACGAGCCUGGAUAGUAUAAGUAGAUGAUGACCCGAUUUUAGGACACUCACCUGGCCUUUUUUGUUGUCAGUGAGCAUUUUAACUACAUGUAAAUAUUCCUAGAGCGGCAGUGAUGUUUUUUGCCAGUGAGAACACAGUAUUGAUAUUUAAUGUUCAGACGUACAUAUGAAUUGAAUUAGCGGGGUAAUCUAAUCUCUUUGCCAGCCAAUGAGAUAUCGUGAUUUACACGUGCUUGGAAUUUCAUUUUCACACUGGCAGCUUCACUUGACUAACUUCCAAAGCAUAAAACACCGCGAAUUAUCGGCUACCAAAGUAAUUAAGUUACAAGAAAAUGUUACUGUUUGUCCUCGUGAACAGUUGUUGAUGUUUCACCGAGAGGAUUUUGUGCUUGACCGCUGUAAUUUCCUGGGAGGGAGGGAGGAGGGGGGAUAUAAGGAAUUUUAACCUAGGAUAUCAGGAUAUGGCUAGUGGAGGUUGUAUCUGGUGGUUAACAAGAACAUAAAGGACGAUUUACACUACACAACUUUUGCCUACAUCAACUGUCGCAUGCAACCUGCUUACAACUCGAGUUGUACUGUGUGUUUUAUAUAGUACAACCUGCUUACAACUCGAGUUGUACUGUGUGUUUUAUAUAGUACAACCUGCUUACAACUCGAGUUGUACUGUGUGUUUUAUAUAGUACAACCUGCUUACAACUCGAGUUGUACUGUGUGUUUUAUAUAGUACAACCUGCUUACAACUCGAGUUGUACUGUGUGUUUUAUAUAGUGCAACCUGCUUACAACUCCAGUUGUACUGUGUGUUUUACAUAGUACGACCUGCUUACAACUCGAGUUGUGUUGUGUGUUUUAUAUAGUACAACUUGCUUACUGGAGUUGUACUGUGUGUUUUAUAUAGUACAACCUGCUUACAACUCGAGUUGUACUGUUUGUUUUAUAUAGUACAACCUGCUUACAACUCGAGUUGUGUGCUUGAUUUAUGCGGUACAACUCGAGUUGUAAGCAGGUUGCAUGCGACAGUUGCUGUAAGCAAAAGUUGUGUGGUGUAAAUCGUCCUGAAGAUGAGAAGGAAACGGGAGGGAAAAUACUACGCCGGGAGAAAGAGAGUUGUUCAAUAAACAGGAUGAUAUUGAAAUACUUGUUCCAAAAUAUGUCUUCCAAGACAAGUAACAAUUUGUCCCAUUAGAUAAAACUCCCUGACCAUCCUCGACAGCCCAAGCUGCGAUGUAGUGAAGAUUUCGCUCGAGACUACGAGUUGUUCUCUGUCUUAAUUAAUAUCAAAGUAUAUUGCAGCAAUAAAUUUACGUGGUGUUUCCACAAACAAAAGUAUUAUAUUGUACAUUUCAUAUCCUGAGGGUGAUUCUAUGAUACAAUAACUUCAAUGUUAUGUUUAUAUGCCCGGCUAAUUGGAUAUGAGUUAAAGAGCUGUGUGUGUUUUACAUCAACUAAAAUAUGGUUUUGUGUUUGUGAUGUUUAGCGUCUUAAAAAAGAAGAAAGUGAAAAACAACAGAAAGUGAUGCUUGAAAAAAGAGCAAACUUCCGAGAAGCUACAAAGAACUUGUUGGUGUUUUCACAAGGGGAUAUGGAAAUGAAGGAAAAGAAAGCGAAAAAGAAGGUAAUAGCUCGUGAGUUUUGAGCUGUAUCGGGUGAAUACCACACCCUGGGCAAUUGAAAUUCUGUAUCCAAAUUUAGAUAGUUUUUAAUAUUAAUCACACCAAGUAAAACAAUUAUCCAAUGCGGAUUUGCAUGACAAACUAGAAAAUAUGUACAGUGGUAUGCAGUACAGCGUUGAAAUGGUGCUACUUUAUUUUCUCAACAUUAGACCAGUUUGCAGAGAUCGGAUCAAAUACAAAGUAUCCAACUAUCUUCAAUAGAGCGUUUGCACAUGACGUCACAGCCGCCAUGUUGGUGUUCCAAUUCAAAAUAAUUUUAAUCAACCUCGUAAUGGCGGCUCUCCACUUCUUGUGUGUCGAAAUACAAUAUUAAUAAACGCAAUCAAACUUAAUUUGUCUCCCAUAUAAAUUUCCUACAUUUACAUGUAAGUUUUAUUUCAGAGAGGAAGAGAAACUGGUGAAAUUUACUCGAGUGGAAGUGGAAGCGAAGUUGAAGAUCAAGAGAGGGCGAAGAAGGAACCGAAGAAAAGGUUUUUACUCAUAACUCAUUUGAUUGGUGCAGGAUUAGAUUGUAUUAGAUUCUUAAUACAAUUAAGAAUACGUUGGAUUCUUGACGCAUUGUGGUUAGAGUUCUUAAUAUGGAAAUAGACAGUGCUGUUUGUUGUACUUUUGUCCAUUAUGGUUAUUGUGGUUAGAGUUCUUAAUAUGGAAACAGACAGUGCUGUUUAUUGCACUCUUGUCCAUUAUGGUUAUUGUGGUUAGAGUUCUUAAUAUGGAAAUAGACAGUGCUGUUUGUUGUACUUUUGUCCAUUGUGGUUAGAGUUCUUAAUAUGGAAAUAGACAGUGCUGUUUGUUGUACUUUUGUCCAUUGUGGUUAUUGUGGUUAGAGUUCUUAAUAUGGAAAUAGACAGUGCUGUUUAUUGUACUUUUGUCCAUUGUGGUUAGAGUUCUUAAUAUGGAAAUAGACAGUGUUGUUUGUUGUACUCUUGUCCAUUGUGGUUAUUGUGGUUAGAGUUCUUAAUAUGGAAAUAGACAGUGCUGUUUGUUGUACUUUUGUCCAUUGUGGUUAUUGUGGUUAGAGUUCUUAAUAUGGAAAUAGACAGUGCUGUUUGUUGUACUUUUGUCCAUUGUGGUUAUUGUAGUUAGAGUUCUUAAUAUGGAAAUAGACAGUGCUGUUUGUUGUACUUUUGUCCAUUGUGGUUAUUGUGGUUAGUGUUCUUAAUAUGGAAAUAGACAGUGCUGUUUGUUGUACUUUUGUCCAUUGUGGUUAUUGUAGUUAGAGUUCUUAAUAUGGAAAUAGACAGUGCUGUUUGUUGUACUUUUGUCCAUUGUGGUUAUUGUGGUUAGAGUUCUUAAUAUGGAAAUAGACAGUGCUGUUUGUUGUACUUUUGUCUAUUGUGGUUAUUGUGGUUAGAGUUCUUAAUAUGGAAAUAGACAUUGCUGUUUGUUGUACUUUUGUCCAUUGUGGUUAUUGUAGUUAGAGUUCUUAAUAUGGAAAUAGACAGUGCUGUUUGUUGUACUUUUGUCCAUUGUGAUUAUUGUGGUUAGAGUUCUUAAUAUGGAAAUAGACAUUGCUGUUUGUUGUACUUUUGUCCAUUGUGAUUAUUGUGGUUAGAGUUCUUAAUAUGGAAAUAGACAGUGCUGUUUGUUGUACUUUUGUCCAUUGUGGUUAUUGUAGUUAGAGUUCUUAAUAUGGAAAUAGACAGUGCUGUUUAUUGUACUUUUGUCCAUUGUGAUUAUUGUAGUUAGAGUUCUUAAUAUGGAAAUAGACUGUGCUCUUUAUUGUACUUUUGUCCAUUGUGAUUAUUGUAGUUUGAGUUCUUAAUAUGGAAAUAGACAGUGCUGUUUGUUGUACUUUUGUCCAUUGUGGUUAUUGUGGUUAGUGUUCUUAAUAUGGAAAUAGACAGUGCUGUUUGUUGUACUUUUGUCCAUUGUGGUUAUUGUAGUUAGAGUUCUUAAUAUGGAAAUAGACAGUGCUGUUUGUUGUACUCUUGUCCAUUGUGGUUAUUUCCUCAUGUUUCUUGUACAGUAGUAGAUUUAAGGAUAGGCUUGUGAUUGGGUUCCAUAUCAAAGAGAAACAGAAUACAUGAAAAUCAGGCCAUUCGGGCAAAAGUGGAAUAAAGAGUAAAGUCUAUUGAUCCGACUUGUUUUCGUUAAUGUUCAUUUGGAGUUGACAAUUUCCCUAAAAUUUCUAGGAAAAAAGAAGCUGGAGAAAAGAAGUAAGUAUCGUGCGUUGUUUUAAAUUGUCACAUUCAAGUUUCAAGUUCAUUUCUCCACUUAUUCUCGGUUGCGCUCAGCCCCUUCAUCCGUAUACUGUUAGGGAUGUGCUGGAUCCGGAUAAUGUCAUCCAAAAAAAUAGACAUUGUGUAUGUCUUCAGUAGCUUUCUUGUGUUCAGUAGCUUUCUUGUAUAUGUCCUCAGUAGCUUUCUUGUGUAUGUCUUCAGUAGCUUUCUUGUAUAUGUCUUCAGUAGCUUUCUUGUAUAUGUCCUCAGUAGCUUUCUUGUGUAUGUCUUCAGUAGCUUUCUUGUAUAUGUCUUCAGUAGCUUUCUUGUAUAUGUCCUCAGUAGCUUUCUUGUGUAUGUCCUCAGUAUCUUUCUUGUAUAUGUCUUCAGUAUCUUUCUUGUAUAUGUCUUCAGUAUCUUUCUUGUGUAUGUCUUCAGUAGCUUUCUUGUGUAUGUCUUCAGUAGCUUUCUUGUGUAUGUCCUCAGUAUCUUUCUUGUAUAUGUCUUCAGUAUCUUUCUUGUGUAUGUCUUCAGUAGCUUUCUUGUGUUCAGUAGCUUUCUUGUGUGUGUCUUCAGUAGCUUUCUUGUGUAUGUCUUCAGUAGCUUUCUUGUAUAUGUCUUCAGUAUCUUUCUUGUGUAUGUCUUCAGUAUCUUUCUUGUGUAUGUCUUCAGUAGCUUUCUUGUGUAUGUCUUCAGUAUCUUUCUUGUGUAUGUCUUCAGUAGCUUUCUUGUAUAUGUCUUCAGUAUCUUUCUUGUGUAUGUCUUCAGUAUCUUUCUUGUAUAUGUCUUCAGUAUCUUUCUUGUGUAUGUCUUCAGUAUCUUUCUUGUGUAUGUCUUCAGUAGCUUUCUUGUAUAUGUCUUCAGUAGCUUUCUUGUAUAUGUCUUCAGUAGCUUUCUUGUGUAUGUCUUCAGUAGCUUUCUUGUGUAUGUCUUCAGUAGCUUUCUUGUGUAUGUCUUCAGUAGCUUUCUUGUAUAUGUCCUCAGUAGCUUUCUUGUGUAUGUCUUCAGUAUCUUUCUUGUGUAUGUCUUCAGUAGCUUUCUUGUAUAUGUCUUCAGUAGCUUUCUUGUAUAUGUCCUCAGUAGCUUUCUUGUAUAUGUCUUCAGUAUCUUUCUUGUAUAUGUCCUCAGUAGCUUUCUUGUGUAUGUCUUCAGUAGCUUUCUUGUGUAUGUCUUCAGUAUCUUUCUUGUGUAUGUCUUCAGUAGCUUUCUUGUGUAUGUCCUCAGUAUCUUUCUUGUGUAUGUCUUCAGUAUCUUUCUUGUAUAUGUCUUCAGUAGCUUUCUUGUAUAUGUCUUCAGUAGCUUUCUUGUAUAUGUCCUCAGUAUCUUUCUUGUGUAUGUCUUCAGUAGCUUUCUUGUGUAUGUCCUCAGUAUCUUUCUUGUGUAUGUCCUCAGUAGCUUUCUUGUGUAUGUCUUCAGUAGCUUUCUUGUAUAUGUCUUCAGUAGCUUUCUUGUAUAUGUCCUCAGUAGCUUUCUUGUGUAUGUCUUCAGUAGCUUUCUUGUGUAUGUCUUCAGUAGCUUUCUUGUAUAUGUCUUCAGUAUCUUUCUUGUAUAUGUCUUCAGUAUCUUUCUUGUAUAUGUCCUCAGUAUCUUUCUUGUAUAUGUCUUCAGUAGCUUUCUUGUAUAUGUCUUCAGUAGCUUUCUUGUAUAUGUCUUCAGUAGCUUUCUUGUAUAUGUCUUCCAUAGCUUUCUUGUAUAUGUCUUCAGUAUCUUUCUUGUGUAUGUCCUCAGUAGCUUUCUUGUGUAUGUCUUCAGUAGCUUUCUUGUGUAUGUCUUCAGUAGCUUUCUUGUAUAUGUCUUCAGUAUCUUUCUUGUGUAUGUCUUCAGUAGCUUUCUUGUGUAUGUCUUCAGUAUCUUUCUUGUGUAUGUCUUCAGUAGCUUUCUUGUGUAUGUCUUCAGUAGCUUUCUUGUGUAGGUUCUUGUGUAUGUCUUCAGUAGCUUACGUCAUGUGUGUAGAGCGCGACGUCCUGCACAACGAAAGAAGAAACAAGUGGAUCCUGAUGCACAUUUAUCAGCGAAACAACGUCGUAAGAUCAAGUCUAAAGCCAUCAUCUCUUCAUCUGAUGAAGAUUCCGAUUCCGAUGUCGAUAAAUUAAAAAUAUCUGAAGAUAUUGAACGGUAAGAAAUAUUUAGUUUUCCAUCAAGUUAUACGCUAAUGCUGAUACCAUUUUUACCCAGUAAGAAAUGCCCGAACUGAAAGCCCCAAAAUAUCAAGAUAUUAAAUUUGAAUGCAAGACAAUCUCUCCACUGAGAAAGAAAAACAGUAAAGAUAUCUUUUCAAUGAUAGAUUUGAUAAGGAAAUUUGUUACUUAGGCUAAGAGGUUCGUUCCUCUGGCCAUUACACAGGGAGCAGCGGAGUCGAGUUUAUAUACUAAAACAAGACAAACACCGUCUUACCUUGUUAAUUGUAAUAUAUUUCAUUGUAGAAUCCCAAUGUGUGCAUUAAAAAUUCAUAUUUUUUCAUCAAAAUUAUGGGAUACAAACCAAACUAUUUACCAAAAUAUAAAUUUCAAUAUUAAUAUACUCCGCUGCCUUGAAUUACCGUCGACUCGUAUUUUCCGAAAUGCUAACGAACACUGACCGAGAGAGCAACGAAUAAGAAACGAAGAAAGGGAGUAAACAUUGCAGAUCUUUCGUCGCAUGUGCACCACAACACCCUAUGAUGGAAGUGAAUAAAACCUGAAGACGGCCAUUGACCAAUGACGAAGUAGAACUUCAUUUGACAAUUGUAAUUAGUAUUCGAAAAAUUUAAAUCAAUCAUGCAUCAACACGAAACAAUACGACACUUCCGUCAUAGGGUGUUGCAGUGCACAUCGUACGAAAAUAAUCGAUGAAUAUCGGUCGUCAAAUAUGUAGGUUAAACGACCGUUUAUUGAAAUUUAUUUCCUGGCGUAGUAAGAAUAGAUAAUUUCUAGAUUGUAUACAAAAAAUUAUGUUUUUUUAUAAAAUAUUAAGGAAGUUAUAGCCAUCCUAAAAUGUCACCCCAAUGACUGUUUACUCCCUUUCUUCGUUUCCUAUUGUUAGUCUAAUUUAAGCGAAAUGUGAGUCCACAAUAAUCUACAACAGCGGAGUAUAUUCAUUUGGUGUCAUUACAUGAAGUGCGAAUAUACAAUCAUACAAUGUUUAUAUGGUUUUACGACAAUUUCAACAGACUAUAAAUUAUAAAAUAUGCAUUUUCAAUGCAUACAUUGGGUUCUACAAUGAAAUAUAUUACAAUUAACAAGGUAAGACGGAGUUUGUCUUGUUUUACAAGAUAAACUCGACUCCUCUGCUCCCUGUGCCCAUUCCUGCAUAAUGUAUUAACUCUAAUACUUUAUGCUGCAUAAUUUGACAGGAUCACUCACGUAAAUGAUGUUUUAUUUAGUGAUGAGAAGUCUGGUAAUGAGAGCGAGAAAGAAGCUUCAGCUGAGGAAAGUGCUCAAAGUAGUGCAGGUUGGUUCACUUCUUUCUCGAAAUCUUCACUGUCAAGGGACGUAUCGUGUGCACGGGCAUUUAAUCGUUGUAGUGAAAUGUUCCACAAUGAAACGUAGCAUCCCAUAUUUCUUCUGUGACAAUAGCAUAAAUUAUGGAGAUUGGAAAGACAAGUUUGUGUGCAGAGCUUGAAAUGUCCUCUCUGUAGCAAUGCGUGACUGACAACAUUCAUCAACUCUCGUUUGACUGGGGCUGUAUAUACUACUUGAUAAUGACGUGUGUGGUAACGUCCAAUCGUCGUCGGUUUUUCAAAAUUGUUUAAAUUUUGAAUAGUUCUUGAAAUGAUUAAUUUAAUUAAAGAAAUAUUUUAGUGCAGCAUUUUAUCGUGGAAUAUAAGAAAACCACUUAUAAGACAAGCUACGUUUUCCACAAUUUUCUUUGUUUUAUAACAGAAGAACAGAAUGAUUCAGAUGAUGAGAAAAAAAGGGAUGAGGAUGACGAAUCCGGAGAUGAAAAAGAGAAGAGCAAUGACGAAUCUGGGGACGAGAAAGAAACUGUUGAGAAGAGUGAUCAGGAAUCAGGAGAUGAAAAGGAAAAUGCUGAAAAAAGUGACGAAGAGUCUGGGGAUGAGAAGGAAAGUGUUGAGAAAAGUGAUCAGGAAUCAGAAGAUGAAAAAGUUGAGAAGAGUGACCAGGACUCAGACAAUGAGGAAACAAAGGAACAUGAAUCGGAUGAUGAAAAAGACGAAACUAAGGAAGAAAAUGAAGAAUCAGAAAAAGAUGAAUCAGACGGUGAGAGAAUGGAGGCAGAAAGUGGUGAUGAAUCAGGUGAUGAGAAAGAAGAUAAACACGAAAGUGGCUCAGAAGAAGAGACUUCAGGCAACAGGAAAAGAGAAUUAUCCAGUGAUAAUGAAAAUAAUGAAGAAGAAGGUGAAACACCAAAGAAAAAAUCAAAACAACUUGCAAGUUCGUAAGUAAAAUAUUCAUUAUUAUAGACCAAUGAAGUUUAUAGUAUUUUUUAAGACCUCAAUUUGUGCCCAAAGAAUUCGAACAGAGUUUAGAACAGCGACGGUGGGGCCGGUAGUACGAAAGCCAGCUAUCCACCGGAGAGUGAUUUUUUCAACCUUGGUAAAAAUGCCCAAAAAGCUGGGAAACUACAGAUAUGGACCUCGCAAUAAAUAUAAAAAACUCUUUAAUUUAUAAUUAAUAACGGUAAUCUUGGUUAUACUACUUUCGUCUUUUAGAAAGCUUGAAUCUAAUAUGCAUGCGCCUUUUUCUCAAAACGAAGAACAUGAACAAUCUUUUUUGAAACUCUGCUGGCAUUCCUUUUAGAUCUGAAUCAGAUGAGGAAUAACCAGAAUAUGAGGAUGAAAAGAAACAACAUGCGACUGAAGAGGUUUCAAACUCAAUUUUUCUUAAGAAUGUAACAUAAACUUUGUAAAUAUUCUAACAAUAGUGCGACGUAAGUUUAGCCUCCUCCGCAGGUAACUACGUAAUACUUCAUAGAAAUAAUGGGGGGUAACAGGGUAUCACGAGGGGUAGCAUUACUACCACGCCUCACUUGUCACCCCUCUGUUUUCCACCGAGUUGCCUGCGGAGGAGACUACCAUGUGUCGGUCGUAUUCCAUCACGACAUAGUAAACGUAGUGUGUGGAUCAAUACAUAUCAAGGUUACAUUAAACAUGUCUAACAAACAUUCUCCAUUUCAUCGCUGAUUUAAUCCUUCACUAUCAUUAAACAUUAGGAACACUUCAUACGUUAACUUUUUAAACCGAAAUUUGUUUUAACACUCUCUUAAAAUCAUUUUCAGUUGUUUUAUUUGAUUAAAAAGUUAAAAUUUUCCUCAUGAAAAGAGAACGAUAUCAUAAAAUUUAUAGUAAAGGCAAACGCAGAAUUCAAUAAAAUAGUUAGUGAAUGAAGUUCAUACAAUACCCAAAUGUUAUUGACAUGCUGAAUAAUGCUAGAUAUGAUGGCAAAACAGAAGUAGGUUUUGCUUUGCCGCAAUUUAAUGGUCCCGGGCCGGUUGUAUAAAACGUUUUUAACUUUUUAGUUAAAGUUAACCACAGUUAGUGCGAAAGUUAAUCAAUCAAAAUCGCGUAUCUCAUGGUUAACUACUAUUUAACUACAAAAUAGAGGUUGAAAGGUAGUUAAGAGUUUUAUACAACCGACCCUGCCGUUUCUCUUCACAAGCUGGAUUGAGAAUGAACAAAAUACAGUUGAACAGCAUGGUAAUUAAAAUCAUUGGUAAUAAAAUUUUCAUUUGAAAAUAUGAAUUCUCUACAUAUUAUUUUUACCACUAAAUAUGCCAUUAUUUUCUGCUCAUUGAAAAUGGUUUGCUUCCAAGUGGUUCAACAGUCUAUUGUAUUGAACAUGUAGCAACGUUGUCAACUCCAACGUCAAAAUACUCGUAUCCGAUUCCUUGAAGUUCUUGUUAGAUCGUCAUUCAAUGUUAACAGUAUCUAAACGAGAACAAACAAGGUUUGUAUGAGAUUGAGCUCGCCUUGACACUCAACGUAGUUAAUGCUUGUUUACCACCAUAUCUCAC